CCGGGAUAUAAAUGAAAGCCUCAAGAUAACCUCUUCAGUUCGCUUGGCCUCAGUCUCAUAGAUUGCGCGACCAUGAGACCAUCCCAAAUCUUAGUGUGCUUGAUACACUUUUGUAUAAUGGCACACAUCCUAGGUCAAAAUACAACAUUGGUGUUAUCCAUGCUACAAUGCUUGACACAGAACGACUGCCCUGAUGUUCUGACGUGUAUAGACAUGAAGUGUGUGGACCCCUGUCCUGGGCCCUGUGCUCAAAACUCCUCCUGCAGGGUGCACAAACACGUACCCUUCUGCUCAUGCUCUCCGGGACAGAUUUAUCCUGCGGGAAGUUGGCCACCAUUCCCAGGAGCAAAAAAGCGUUAUCAAGUGGAAACCGUUAAGGCAAACUGGUACGGUGCUAUGGUUCAUUGUAUGAAUCACAACGGAAGGCUUGCAACCAUCUCGAGUUUCGAGGAGAGCGAGAUAGUCAAAGCGGAGAUCAACAAGUCGGGGCAGAAGCCUCAGUUCUGGACGUCAGGAAUGAACUACCCCCUGACCGAAACAUGGACAUGGAUGAGCACAGGGCAACAGGUAACCUUCACAGACUGGACUCCUGGACAGCCUAGCAACUGGUUAAAUCUGCACGCGGGAGAACACUGCUUGGAGCUCUGGGAGCCGGGUCACUACCGCUGGAAUGACAAGAACUGCUUGGAUAUCUUACAUUUCAUUUGUGAAUAUUACGAUUUAUAGUGUGUCUGUAGGUUGCAUUUUAUACCACCACACAGAAAUGGUAGUGCCACAUUUUUAUCAAUGGUUCUAUCAGAAAUGUUAAUUUUAAGUAAAAAUUAAAAAAAAUAUUACAAAUUUA